CUCGUCUCGCUCCCUUCUGUCCCCCAUGCAUGCGGUUUUUGUGUCUGCAGUGACGGGGCCAAAUCAAUCUUGCUUGCACGCGCACCAUGCCGCCCUAUGAGUCACCUUGAAAGCAGUGCUCGCUAAAAUAAAGCCCGACCAACACCCGCCGCCAUGAGGUAACAAGGCUGGGAGCUGCUGGACGGGAGAGCAAGGGACCCAGCAAGAGCGAGGAGGGGCAGAGGGAGAGGCGAUUUUACCAUAUGCCACAGUUCCUACCACACUGCCCUGCCUUCCUGUUUCACCUCGGCGCCGGGACAUGAUUUACAGCCUGCAGUCGAUGGUCUAGGACCCUCCUUGAGAGCGCCGCCGCCGCCGCCGCCACCCAGCCACCUCCAGCUUGCUUCCCACCUGCCGCCGCCGCCGUCUGUCCCGCCGCCGCCGCCUCCCUCACCGACGCCCCGACACAACAGGCCGUCCUGGACCAAGCCAACGCCCUCCUGUGGUUGACCGCUUGUCCUCCUCCUCCUCCUCCUCCUCCUCUUCCUCCUCCUCCUCCUCCUCCUACUCUCACUCCUGCUCCUGCUCUUCCACUUCUUGAAAUUCUUCCUCCUCCUCCGCUUGCCACUCCGCCUGCGUCUCCUCCUCCUCCUCCUGCUGCUGAUCCUCCUGCCCCCCCUCCCCCUCCCCCCCGUCAGUGUGCCUGCCCCCCGGCGCCGCGUGGCCGCCCUGCGCUGUGUGUGCGUGUGCGUGUGAGCGUCGCGGGUGAUGUGGACUUAGUCGACGGGAGAGACUCGCCAACACCUCCACUUCCUCCUCCACCUCCGCCCCGCCGCCGCCGCCGCCUGCCUCACGCCGCCGCCUCCGCCGCCGCCGCCGCCGCCCCGCCCCCGUGUCCGCUGAGUGUCUGCUGAGGCGACGUGAGGCUCCCGCAGGAGUCUCGAGCACCGGCCCGCUGGAUCCCUCGGCCGCCGCCGCCGCCGCCGCGCACAGCGCCCCCCCCUACAGUGCCAUGGUGAGCCCGGGGGUGCCGAACAUGGCCAUGGUCAACGUCAACAACUUCCUCAACGUGAAGGACUCCCGCUGGCUGCAGCUGGAGGUCUGCCGCGAGUUUCAGAGGAACAAGUGCACACGCCCUGACACCGAGUGCAAGUUCGCCCACCCACCGCCCAACGUCGAGGUCCAGAAUGGCCGCGUCACCGCCUGCUACGACUCCAUCAAGGGUCGAUGUAACCGCGAAAAGCCCCCCUGCAAGUACUUCCACCCGCCCCAGCACCUGAAGGACCAGCUGCUGAUCAACGGACGCAACCACCUGGCCCUCAAGAACGCCAUCAUGACCCAAAUCCAAGGGCUCAGUCCCGGUACACCAGUUGUUCCCGGCACUAUACCCAUUAUCCAGCCCCCCCACCUGCCCCCCGUUCGGCCGUCCCCGUUCCACGAUGUGUGCUGUGUGAUGAUGCCUCAGCACAACUCGUCGCCGUACCUUGCCGGCAUCCCCACCAUGAGCAACUUCAACCCCUACAUCCCCUCGUCGCCCGUCAUGGCCAUGGGGGUCACCGACGGCGCCGUGGCUUCGCCCAUCACCGGCGUCGUGCCCCAGCAAGCCGUCGUGCCCGCCCAGAAGGUGCCACGUACCGACCGACUAGAGGUCUGUCGGGAGUUUCAGCGGGGUGCGUGCAAGCGGCCUGAGGUAGAGUGUCGAUUCGCACAUCCGCCCGACCACGUGUGUACCAGUGACGAGGGCACAGUCACAGUUUGCAUGGAUGCUGUGAAGAGCCGCUGUACCCGUGAUCCCUGUCGUUACUUCCACCCCCCCCCGCACCUACAGGCCCAGCUAAGAGCGGGCCAAGGGCGCAUCGCACAACACCAGCCCGUGCCCGGGGCUGCUGUCGCGGCCGCGGCCGCCGCUGUGCCCCUGGCGCCGCCCCCACCGCUGCCCGCCGCAGCCGCUGCUGCUGCCGCCGAGCUGGGCAAGAAGCGCGGCCGCGACCCCGGUGACGAGCUCCUCAUGGCGUUCCCGGGGAUGGGCGUGCCCUACAAGCGUCCCGCCGGGGACAAGUCGGGGCUGCCGGUGUACCAGCCCGGGGGCAGCGCCGCCUACCAGCAGGCCCUGAUGCAGCAGCUGGGCGGCCAGAGCUUUGUGCCCGUGUCAUGUGAGUAUGGCGGGGGAGUGGCCCUGCCGGGGCCGGGGGGCCAGGCCGAGGGCCACGACACCACCACCUCCACCACCACCUCCACCGCCGCUAACAACCACCACGCUGCUGCUUCCUCCGCGCAACCCCCCACCACCUCCUCCCCCACCCCCACCACCACCACCACCAGCUCCCCCCCUUCCUCCAGCAAGGUCCUUCACUCCUCCCUCAUCCCCUCCAACUCCUCCUCCUCCUCCUCUUCCUCCUCCUCCGUGGGCGGGGGGGAGAUGGUCCCCGUCACACCCUCGGCCCUGGGCCCCCAGCAGCCGGUCAAUGUCUUCUACACGGGCUACGCCCUCAGCAAGGGGAUGCGCCCGCAGCUUAGGCACCAGGCCACCCCAGGCUCGGCCAUGAUGGCCCCCAUGCAUCACCCAAUGUCCACCAUGGGCUUUGCCCCUCCAGGGCUGCCGCCUGGCACCAUGCCCAGCUUCACCUACAGCAUGGGUGCCCCCAUCAGCACCCUGAGCAUGCCGCCCUAUGUCAGCAGCAGCCAGCAGCUGAUGAGCCCUGUCAUGACCUCCAGUCUGGCCAGCAUGGGCAUGGGCCUGGGGGGGGCCAUGCACCCCAGCCUGGGGGGCCUCACCGCUGCCGGCGUGUCCCCGGCCGUGGGCGGCAUGACCGGCCUGGGCGGCCUCGGGGCCGGGAUGCCGCUGAUGAUGCCCCAGAACCCCAUGUCCUCCCUGUACCCCUCCCAGUACACCGCUUUGUCCAGUAACACCCCCUUUGCCCAGGGCGGGGAGCAGCCCAGCAAGAGGCUGAAAACUUCCUAAGCGUGUGUGUGCAUGUGGGUGGUGCGGCGCGUCCUCCCUCGCUCCACACGGCGACGCCAGCUCUAGUGGACUCUAGUCACGCCACUACUAACAUCUACUAGUGUCGCUCUAGGACACGCAGUAACUCACUAACUGGCCCUUGAGAUCGCUGACGCAGCACGUGUACUGUCGUUGUACUUCCCUGUCGGCGUCCUUGGUUCUCCAGGUUUUACACUUAAUAUAAUACCUAAUUUUUUAGCCUUGAAGUAUUUGAGACACAAUAGUCGUCCAUUUUAACCAAGACUCCCCAAGUCUUUUUUGCUUUUAAAUGACACGGCAGAGCAGACUUGCUGCAUGUGCGCUGGUAACCGGGGGUGACGCCUGCAUGGUACCCACCACACCCAGCUCCACCGUGUUUGUGACUUGUGAUGCACGGAGACCGCACCUCCCCGCCCCGCGCCGCGUCGCGCCCCGCCCCGCCCCGCCCCGCCCCGUGUUCGUGGCCGGAGUGCCAGGGGCGGGGAGGGCCGGGGCGGGCGGCGCGGGGGGGAGUCAAGGUCACGCAGAGUAGCCAGUCAUGUUGUGGGUCCAGGGGUUGUGUGCUACACUCACCUCUUGCUUCCCCUCCUUGCCCCCCUGCUUGCCUCCCCCUUCCCCUUCCCCUUCCCCUCCCCUCCUCCUCCCCCCUUCCCAGCAGUCCCUCCCCUUUAUUUACUCUCCCCAACACCUUCACCUUGCUCUCAUCCCCCUUAUCUCCCCUUAUCCCCCCUUCCCCUCCCUCUGAACACCCCAUCACCCUCCCCGUGGCUUACUCCCUUUCCUCCCCUCCCUUGCUGCCCUCCCCCUCCCCCUUGCUUCACUCCCCUUAGCAUCCCCCAGCCCCCCACGGGUCAGCCCCGGGGUGGUGUCCUGCCACCCCCCCCUCCUCUCCCUGCACCACAACAACCCAGCCAAGUUGUCUUCUAGCCGCGCCCGCCCCGCCCCGCCCCGCCCCGCCGCGCCCCGCCGCUCACAGCAGAGUAUCUGGCUUGGCCGAUGGUUACUGUGGAUUUCAUAUGCAUGUUGAGCUUGAGAAGGAGAGGGAGCGCAGCGGGGCGGGCCGGGGCGCGGCGGGGCAGGGCGGGGCGGGGCGGGGCGGGUGCCGUCUCCGUGUAGUCCCAGCAUUCCCAGUACUAUUGUAGCACUACCGUGCCAUGCUCACGUCCCGACUUGAUGUGAUGGUAACUAGGUUUGGGUCGUGUUGAUGUGCCUGUGUAAUGCUUCCUCUGGUAGCGGCGGCGGGGCGGCCUCCUGCCCCGCCCAGCCUCACCACACAUCUGCUCUGUCAGACAUCAUCAGUUUUUGUUGGACUGCUCUCAUCUUUUGUCUUUUAUGUAAUCCUAUUGAUUCUGUUUUUAUCAUUAUUAUAUUUGCUAGCUUUUAGUGCUUCUCCAACAUUGGUCUGGGUAUCCAGUAUGUGUACCAUCUGCCUGUGUACUUCGGUCCUUUAACUGAUACAGAAAUACUGGCCUAUGUAUAAGAAUAUUUUUAAAAAUAAUAAGUCUGUAGAAUGCAUGA